GACACCGGGGAGGGAGCACGUACGCCUCUCUGCUCCGGCUUUGGCAACUUUGUUCUAGUACCUUGUGGACUUUGUGUCUAGCGCUUACUCUUAGUGUAUCCGUGACGCCUAUGAGUACAUAGUGUUACUGUGACUGUGGUCUCUUGAGUGCUUCGACGCGGUGGAACCUAUUGGUGCUUUAAAGUAUAUUGUUAUUUUUAUUUAUUUUCUCAUCCUGGAUUUGGAACUUGGAUUCUUUGAGACUGGAAGUGAACGAGUGUUUGUGUGAGACUAAGUCCAUUUGGGGGCCCGCUAACAUUAGGAUGAUGUCUUCUCCAGUCGGCUUAAGGGAUUAUUAGUGUACAGUACAGCAAGUGAUCUCCAACAACAGUUCGGAACUACUGCAAGGUAAACAUCAGUCGAGACGCCAACCUACACUGAGGAAGUUGGGUGUUAAUGUGUUGAUAACUGUUCCUAGACAGGUACAGUCGACUGGUGGCCAGGUGUUGGAAGGACCAUCAGGUGUCUUGGCAUCGAUUAGUGUAGUUGGAGGAUGAGAAUGGCCGCUGUGGAGGUGGGCAAGACGACAGGCAGCCAUGAGUGCGGCGGCUGCGGCAAGAGAAUCAACGACCGUUACCUUCUGAAGGCCGUCGACCGGUACUGGCACGAGGACUGCCUCAAGUGCGGCUGCUGCGACUGCCGGCUGGGCGAGGUCGGCUCCUCACUCUACAAGAAAGCCAACCUCCUCCUCUGCAAGCGUGACUAUCUCAGACUAUUCGGAACGACGGGUCACUGCGCCGCCUGCAACAAGGUCAUCCCUGCCUUCGAGAUGGUGAUGAGAGCGAAGACCAAUGUAUACCACCUGGAGUGUUUCGCCUGCCAACAGUGUAACCACAGAUUCUGCGUCGGGGACCGGUUUUACCUGUGUGACAACAAGAUCCUGUGCGAGUACGAUUACGAGGAGCGUAUGGUGUUCGCCAACAUGUCGUAUUCCUCAGACUCACUGGCGCACAUCAAGCGACAAGUUAGUGACCUCCAGCAGCCCCCGGAGGAAUCUGGCUUGGCUCAACGUGGCAACUCCUCUACCCACGGCACGACCCUCCCCCAGCAGCCCAACCAGCAGCACCAGCUGGGGAUGAACGGCAUGAGUCUCGGUGGUGGUGCGGGCAACGGUCCGGGCACCUCGGGGAUGCUUCUGCCCACGCCCCUGGGGGACCGCAGCGGACUGGGGGAUCAUCACCUCGGGGGCGCCGACGGGGUGCUAAAGGCCCCCGCUGCUCCUCCACAGCCCAACAGCUCCAAUCAGGCGGUGGCUGACGACGCCUCUAGUGGCUACGGUAGUCCCGACUCUCUCACCAUGGAGGACCGAUGAGACGCGGCCGGGAGGGGGCGGAAACGGCGGCGGACAUGACCAUCACAGCCUCCAUCGCAGCUACCGCACAUACCGUCGCAGCUACCGCAGGUACCGCCGCAGCUACCGCAGGUACCGUCGCAGUCUCAUCAACAAAUGCCACACACGUCGUCAACGCAGGCACCGCAGUUUCCUUUCCAAAUGCCACAAAUGCCGCCGCCGCACAUGUCUCCUAUGACAUCGACAAUGCCGCAGUUAUCAUCAAUGCAGCAACACCGGCGGCCGCUGCCAUCACUGCCGCACCCGCUGCACCCUCAAGCAUCAGAAAUGUUCCGGGGAGCGACAGGACAAUCACAGCCACAGUGGCGGCCUCCAUUUUGAUCAGCAGUGACGGCGGCCCAAGCAAGCCACCAGUGUGGGUCGACACAGCGGCCCCUACACCACCACACCUGAUGGAGGUAUCAACCUGGCGUCAGGGACACCUGCCAUCACCCGCCCGCCAUCUUGGUGAAGCGUAGCCCUGGCGCUUCUCAGCACCACAGUUGCUGGGAUGGAAUACUUUACUGGUGCUUGUGUGACGGCUCAAUCGAUGGUGUUGGCUGAACGCUAAUGGUGUCGUUUAGUCAUGACACGGUCGGGCCUGACGGCGACGGUAGCGAUGAACUCCUGCGAUGAGUGGCGUCUUCUCCCGCGAGUAGCCCCCUCCCCAGGUCACUCACCUGCCCCGAUAACAACUGAUCCCCAACAACCAAUCAGCAAGUUUUAUCAACAAUCAACAUUUUACAAACCGUAGAGAAUCGAGACUCGCCCGCCUAUGAAAAGAAGGCGUUGCUACGACGGUGAAUUCUCGCUAACAGAAGCAAGAACUGAUUAAUGAUUUUUUUAAGGCUCUGUUAUGUGAUAUGUAAAGCAUUAUUGUAAUGAGUGGUGAAAGCCUCAAAGAAACAUGAAUAAUAUUAUUUGUAAAUAUAAUUUUAAGGUUAUUGUGUGAGGUUACGGACUCUCCCCUUUUUCUGUGAGUGUUCGGAACAGAAGGGGACAUCCUGAGUUGCAUGUACAGUGACGAAAAACUCUUCCUAUCUUGGUGUGCCAUAAAGACCUACUUUUUAGCAGUUAAACUUAGUUUUUCGUCCCUACGAGCCUACGGGGUUGAUCACUCUACAGCCUCGAGAACUGGACAAGCUGCGCUAGUCAAGUGAGGGAGCAGAACAAAACAAAUAGAAAUAACAAGUCACACCAAAAGUGCUCGCAAGGAAUUUUUGUGUGUGUCGCGGAAGAGCUUGAGAAGGUUAGCACUGGCCACCUCCUGUGUGUGGCGGAUCCAGUGUAUUAAAUCUCGUCACUCGAACAGAAACAUGCUUGGAAACCGCUUGUUUGUGUUCCCCCAUACGUAACAGAGUAGUUCCGUAACAAACAUACAAGACUAUACAUGAGCAAGUAGCACCGGACAGGUUGAAUGUAUAUAAUGUGCACAAUUGCUUUCACCAACCUGAUCUGGCUUCCCAUUUUCUAUACACACCUAGUCGCAGCUCACACUAAUUUACACUGUAUAUCAACGUAGCUUUGCAGGAUAGAGUCUCACUCGCUCCCCGCCCAGUGGACUGCAACACGUCAAAGUCGGAGGGUCUAUAUCAGUGGGCGGAGUGUCCGUGAUAGCUCAGUCUUGAAUUAUUUACGACUGGAAGAUUGCCAGUAAAGUGUCAACAGAACACCGCCUCUGCUUCUGUUUUGCUGGAGUUCUUAAUUAGAGUUGUCGACGUAAUCAUUUCCUAACAGUUGGAGACGCUUGAAGGCUGCUGGGCGCGGGGCGAGUGGGGGGAGCCUCGCGGAAAUUACGUUGACGUACAGUAAAUGUGAUACUUGUGACGGGCACAUACAAAUAUGUGAGAGUGAGUGAGUGACAUGAAAACAUUAUUCCAUAAAGAAUAUAAAUAAUGUCUUUUAAAAGUUACUGGAAGAUGGAUUGUAUUAUUUCUUUUGACUUAUCAGAUGUUAUGGAAUAAUGGCGAUUGGUGGUGUGUGGACGGUAUCGUUAUGGCUGUUUUCUCAUAUUCUUGUUGUUCAUUUACUGUAUGUACAAAGUUUAAAUGUUAUCAUCAAGGACAUUAAAUGAUUAUAAUGAUUAUCAUAACUGUUUCCAUAAUUAUGUUUCAUUCUAUUUAGUUCUAGUAUUACCAACAGUCUCGUAAUAUCCUUCGGAAGAUUUUUUGGUUCUGUCACGGUUCACUGGUGUACUUCUCUUGAUGUUACCUGCGGCUAGUUUGGGUGUCCGACGUGCAGGUGGUGUGUGAAACAGCGGCCGAGGCCCCGGGCUGGUGCACCUACACAAACAAAUUUUUCGACUUCUAUUAUUAGUCCAAAUAUUAGUCUGAUUUGUCCUCCGUUAUAGAAUAAUUAUUAAAACAAUAAUGUUGGUGAGUUUCCGGCAGCAGAAUCUCAAAGCGGUGCAUCCUGACAAGUGAGCAGCGACCAGCAUUACCUUACACACUACUACAAUAGCUUGGCACGAUCCCGAUGUGUUUCCAAUGCUGUUUCAAACGCGUCUGCCCCUCCUCCCCCACCCAGAAUACGCCUGUCACACGACGGGGUCUGCGUUAGCUCAAUCACUCGAAUGAUAUGUUUACUUAGUGUACAGACUACUCAAUCCCAUUUAGAAACUGUAUUCAAUUCAUCGGAAAGGGUUCAAGGGCUUUACUUUGAAUAUUUCUCUUAACAAAGGUCAGAUCCUCUUUAAUUUAGAGAAGGCAUCAUGGUCCGCUGAUAGUUUAGAUGGCACCAGCUAGAUGGUUCUACAUCUUUUGGAAGCUGUUUUACUCUCCCGUGUGUGUGGAUCAAAAGACCACAUCAGGGGUUUAGGAAUGGCCUGGAAAAUUGUAUUUAGAUGCACCAGCAUGUUCAAUUCAGUACCAAGCAUUGUUAGUCAUACUUUUUCUUCUUUUUUUCUCUUUCUUUCCUUCGGUCGGUGCCCAACCCCAGACGAAAGCAAUGAGUAAUGACUACAUUUGUUCACCCCCGUGCACUGAGAGAAACUCAACCAUGGUACAACUCUUAAUGGAUAUUCGCGACAACAGUUAUAAAUAUCAUGCGAGAUUAUCUGAACUUGUCAUCAUCCUCAAGUAUACGCUAAUUAUUAUUUCACACAGUUGCCCGCGCGACAUGGGCAGCAGGUCUGUGAGGCGGACCCUUCAGUUCCCCCGAGGAGCUGGUCACAGUCUUCUCCUCGGCCUUGCUGGGGGAGGGAGAGAGAGAGAGACCAGAGACCUUCGCCGUACAUGUCGCGAGCGGGAUCUUCUGUUCAUAUUUAUUGAGAAUGUAUGUAGUGACGUUCAGUGCUAAGAUACAAGUCGGCUGAACCAUAAAGUAUAAAAAUAAAUACAGUUUGACACAAUGUACAAUGAUUCAAGUUGAGGCAACGACCAAACUUAUUGUGAUUGGUGUAUAGAAUCACUUGUUUGGACUGUGACGCGGCAAUGGCUGGCUUAUAUCUUGGUACGGGCGGUUCCCCCCCCCCCCCCCCCCCCAAUAUCUUUGUUAAACUAUACAUGUGCUCAACAAUCCUAACACUCGUUUCUCAGCAUUUGACCUGUUUUAUACACAGUGAAUAGUAUUUUGAUAGACUGAUGAAGAGAAUGAAUUGCCCAUCAUCGCUGGCGAACGUCAAAAUUUUACAACAAUUACAGAUUUCUACUCAUUUUAUAUUCAUGCACCGAAAAUUUAAGAUUGGGAUUGACAGAUUAAUUUGAGUUGCGAUAAAUUGUGAUCAGAGGUUAAAAAUAACUUAAAUUAUCAGUUUAACUACAGUAAACAAAUAGUGAACACUGCUACCAUGUUAACGGUUAUUAAUUAAUAAUAACUUGUUAUCAAUAUAGUUCAUGGGCAUUUAUUGAAACUACACAAAUACUUUAUUCUCCUUCCCUGUUCACAAAAGCUCAGUUUAUAGAUAUGGAAAAAAAGGUUUAAUUAUUGUCACCCAUCGUUAAUGAAAUAUGAAUUAUCAUUAUUUUUAUUAUUAAUGUUCAUUUCCGGAGUGUGAUGAUCCUGAUAGUUUCAUAAUCAUGAUGAAUAUGUCUUAUUUUUUAUUAUUAUUAUUUUUAUUAGAUUUGAUGGUCUUCAUAUGGUUUUAUAAACAUUCCUGUGACCCCCAUCCUCACCUCUCUGUAUUCGGGUUCCUCAAAAUACGACAAAAAUCACUAAAACUCAAUUAAAAAAAAAAGCCACACCAGCUGCGGCCCCCC